AUGGGAUUCCCAGAACAAGACGCAGACGCGGGGGAAGAUGACGAGGAAGCGCAACGAGUGGCGAGUUCAGGCGCGGCGAGCAAAGCGAAGAAGGUCGCGACGAAGAAUAAAGCGAAACCGGAGGGAGAGGAGAAGGAAGCGGGGGAGGAAGCUGGGGAUGGAGCGGAGGAGGAAGACGCACUCCUGACGAAGAAGCCGUCGAAACGGCAGCAGUUGAUGCAGCACUUCCAAUCCCCCGUUUUUAUCACUCGGCUAGUUAUGAUGGCGUUUCUGGUGAUAGUGGUGGUGGUGCUCACGGUCGGCACGUGGUUCGCCGCCAGAACUGUCUACAGCCAAUCGCUUGACGCCGUCGCCCUUCAGCUGCGCGAGAAGACCCUAGUGGGCGUGCAGGAGCAGUUCCUGUUGUACAUAAACCGCGACCGCGACGUGCUCGUGUCGCUCUCCUCCGUGCUCGAAAUCACCUUCAAGCCGCUGCGCACGUGGAAUCUAACCCUUAACGAUAACCUCAGACUGGUCCGUCCGCUACUCUGGUCGUUCUUCAAGAGCUCACUCCCACACAUCACCACGCUCGGCUACUACAGCAUGACAGGCCCCUUUGUAACAUACGCACAGUACGACGUGGCAACACAGUCCUUCGCCUCGCAGGACGGCUCCCUCUCCAUGGUCUAUGCCGCCAACGUCCUCGUAAACUCCACCGCGCCCUGGUUCAUCCUGCCCGUAAACGCCUCCUCCGGGCUGCCCGCAAACAACAACAACACCCCGACGCCGUUCAAGCCGCUGCGGCUGGGGUCGAUGGAGCUUUACCAGCAGAUCGAGCGCGGGGAGGAGAAUCUCCUCUGGACAUUCAAUGCCAUUCAGAACCUGUCCGGGCCCAUGCUUGUCGCCAGCAUGGCCGUGCACGUCCCAGAGGAAACCGGCCCUGUGGGCGUGCUCAUUCUAGGGUCUUCUGUGGGGAUUGUGAACCGGUUUCUCGUGCAGGAUACGAUAGAGGGGUGCGUUAUGUACAUUGGGAGCUCCGAGGGGUUCCUGGUGGCUUCUUCCACUGGGGUGGCUACGUCCACUCCGACUGAAGACGGGCGGCUGCAGCAGUUUGUGAAUGCGACGGACGUGGAGGAUGGGACGAUUGCAGGUGUGGCGCGGUAUUUGGAGGGGGAGUACGGGCUGCCGGCGCUGGUGGCGGGGAAUUAUAGCCUGAGCAAUGUGGACGUGGUGGGGCGAACGUGGUACGUCAGCAGCAUGGGCUUCGCCGUUGAUAACCUGAGACUGUACCUGGUGAUCAUUCUCCCACGUACAUCUAUUAUGGGAACGGUGGAUCACGAGAUGGAGACGAUGAUUAUAGUCACAUCCUGCGUAGCAGUGGGGCUGCUGCUGCUGGGGUGGGUGGUGGUGAUCUUCCUCACGCUCUAUGUGGACACGCGCAUGCGCCCCAAGGAGGAGCUGCAGCGCCAGAAGGAGGAGACUCAAAGGGCACAGGCGGCCUCGGAGGUCAAGAGUCAGUUCCUCGCGAAUAUCUCCCACGACCUGCGCACGCCCAUGGCCGGCAUCCUGGGCCUGCUGGACAUCAUGCUGUGCGACCACCUAACAGCCGAACAAGAAGCCAACCUACGGCAGAUGAAGUCGUGCUGCGCGUCGCUGCUGGGGCUGCUCAACAACCUGCUGGACCUGGCCAAGGUGGAGGCGGGCCGCAUGCAGCUGGAGGUGUUGGAGUUUGACAUUGUGGGCGAGCUCGAGUCGCUCGUUGACAUGUUCAGCGUGCAGGGGCUCAGCAAUGGGACCGAGAUCGCUCUGGAUCUAUCAGAUGACAUUGAGCGGACUGUUAAAGGGGACCCCUCCAGAGUCCGACAGGUGUUUGCUAACCUGCUGAGCAACGCGUGCAAGUUCACGCGGAACGGGCAGGUGAUCGUGAGGGGGUGGAUGAGACACAACCCACCGCCCCACCUCCGCGACUCGGACCUGUCCAUCCCCGGGGAGAAGAAGCGAGCCAGCCAUGACGCGGACGGCACGUCAGCUUCAACCACAUCUGCUGCUGCCACCGACGCUGCAGGCGGCGCAGAGGGCGACCCAUCCGACAAUUCAACAGCAGCAGGCAACGCAGCAGCAGCAGGGGGGGCGGGAGGGAGCGCAGGGGCAGGGGGCGGGGCGGGUGCGGGGGGGAAGGAGGGGGCACGGGAGAGGCGGAUGGUGACGUUUAUGUUUGAGGUGGAUGAUUCGGGGCCGGGCAUUCCCGCGCACAAGAGGCAGCUCGUGUUUGAAAACUUCCAGCAGGCCGACGCUUCGACUAAUCGCACGCAUGGCGGCACGGGACUCGGCCUCGGCAUCGUCAAAUCCCUGGUGCAACUGAUGGGAGGGCACAUAGCAGUUGUAGACAAGGAAGGCCCGGGGGCUCGGUUCCGGUUUGACCUGUGCUUUGAGGCGCUGGACCACAGCAGCGUGUGGAAGAACAGUAUGCUGCAGCCCGAGUUCCUGCUGCCCAAGCUCACCACCGUCGAGGGCGGCCAGGUGCUCCUCGCCAUGCGCGAGGAGUCCGCUGGCGCCGCCAUCGCCUGCGCGUGGCUGGAGCGGCGGAAGCUGCACGUGUGGCGGGCCACCCAGUGGGGCGAUAUCAUGCCUGCUGUCUCGUCUAUGCUGGUCCACAGGGCGUCGGAUAGAGCGGGGCUGCAGCCGAGGGUGUCUAGAUCCAUGGUGGGGUUUUCCGCGCCGCUGGCUCGGUCGUUUCAGCCGGCGGGGGCUGGGGCGGGAGGGAGGGUGGGUGCAGGUGGGGGAGGGGGGAGGGAAGGGGUUUUCAGUCCGAUUCCGGAGCAGAACCAGAGCCAAGGAGCGUCGUUUAGGGAUGGGGGAGGUGCGGCCAGCCCGGCUGCCGGUCCUACUGGUCCUCGCCCCACCACCCCCAGAGAUCGUGUCCCCCCGAGCCAACCCUAUGCGUCAGGCUCGGGAAAUAGUGGCGCCGCAGCAGCAAGUCCAUCUGGGGUGGGGAGCAGCGCAGGUCCCGGCCGAGCCAUGUCUCCAGCCACCUCAUUCUCCCGAAGCUCCUUCAACGAGCACGGCAGGGUAAAUAGCCCCGGAACUGUCGGGGACGACGGCGCAGGUACCCCUGGCGGCAACAGCUUCGGCUCCGCCAACUCCCGGCUCGUCCUCGCGAUAAUCGAUGUCUCCCUCGUCCCGAACCUGUAUCAAUUCAUAGCAGAGGAGCUGCAUAUUUUCCGGGCCAGGCUGCAGCACCAGGGGUUUGUGAUCGCGUGGCUCGUGGAGCAUAACACGUCGGCGGAUACCAGGCGGUCGCUGAGAAGAUCCGGAUGUGCGCACUCACCGGGGGCAGCAGGGGAGGGCAAUUUCGAGACAGCGCUGGCAGGCAAACGGGUGCUGAUAGCUGAAGAUACUGCACUGCUGCGCAAGGUGGCGAUAAUCCGAAUGCAGAAGCUGGGUUGCGAGGUGGAGGCGGUGUGUGACGGGCAGCAGGCAGUGGAUGCCAUUCUUGCCACCUAUGCUGCUAGAGACACACAGGGAGACGCCACCACACACUACGAUGCCGUGCUCAUGGACUGCCAGAUGCCGGUGCUAGACGGGUAUGGGGCGACAGCAGCCAUCAGAGCAGCGGAAGCAGGAACGCGGUUCCACACGCCCAUAGUGGCGCUCACAGCCCACGCCAUGACGAGCGACGAGAAGAAGUGUCUGGAUGCGGGCAUGGACGCAUACCUGACCAAGCCCAUCGACCCCGCUCUCAUGGCGCACACACUGCUCUCCCUCAUGACCCGCUACCCCCGCUGCUGCGUGCCGCACUGCGAGAAGACCGAGGAGGGCGAGGAGGGGAGUGUAGCAGUCGAAGUUGCAGCUGACGGUGCUGCAUCUGGGGUAGGUGCAUCUGGGUGUGCUGGGUGUGCAAGCAAGCAAGCAAGCAGGUGUGUGGACGAGAAGAAGUGUCUGGAUGCGGGCAUGGGCGCAUACCUGACCAAGCCCAUCGACCCCGCUCUCAUGGCGCACACACUGCUCUCCCUCAUGACCCGCUACCCCCGCUGCUGCGUGCUGCUCAGCGAGAGCAUUUCUGACGAGGGUGGGGGUGAUGGGGGAGGCGAUGCAGGUGAAGGAGCUGCUGCUGCGGGGGGAGGGGUAGCAGCAGGCGAAGCAAGCAGCAUUUGGCAGUUGUUUGAACAAAGGUGGAGAGGACCUGUGGUUUGGCAUGGGGCCUCUUGUGAAAAGCAGCGCAGCGGCACAGCUGUCGAAGCAACAGUGGUGGUUACAAAACGCCGUGGGCUCGGGAACAGCAAUGGGAUGGGAGCAGCACAAGGGCAGGGACAAGAAGAGCAAAUGGAUCGGGUUCGGCAGUGGAUUUGUUGGCAGCAGCACAAGGGCAGGCUGGGCAGCAGCACGGGGGCAGGGUCGGCAGCAGCACAAGGGCAGGCUGGGCAGCAGCACCGGGGCUAA